ACUUGCCCAGCUUAUAUCUAAGUAAACGCAUUCAUACUCUUACUCUCGUCCGGUCAAUCUAUACAUAUCAGGAUGGUAAAGCAUGCAAGCCAAUAUGAGCUUUACACUUAUAAACUCUCUGACGAGUGUAAAGAGUAUGUCAGGAAACCUUAUAUUUGGGAGAAACCUGGAGCACGACUAUAUGAUUACCAUUACCAUAUCAAUGGACUGUACUAUCAGCCGAUGAUAUCCUAUAUAGCAGAGAAAAGAACUGACAAUAUCCGACGAGCAGUUGAUAUUCCAGACAGAAUAAUGGCAAACUUUGAUCGUAGAGCUUAUGCCCAGAAGGAGGAAGAUAUUGAUCUUGAAGAGUUUCUGACCGACAGCUACACCAGGAGGAUGAAGGAGGUCAACAAGCGUGCAGUUCAUGUUGAAAAUGAGAAAAUACGCAAAUCUAAAGCUAACAGCACUCUCAUGACAAUGCAAGGAGCUGCUUGUACUAGAGACAGGUACCUCUGUCAGCUUCAACUUUAUUACACUGGACACCGGGCUCACAACCAACAGGUCGUUGAAGAUAUACCAGCUUGUAAAGAAAGGCCUAAUACUGAUACCCGGUAUGGUCCAGGAUUUACUAAAACUGAGGCUGGGGAUGUUCUACUCUACAGGAAAGGGGUGAAAAAGGAUAUUUCAGAGGUACUAGGCUCCAGGUAUGCUGCUGAGGAUUCAAAACUUGAACAGAUUAGAAUUGAAAACUCAUUGAAGACUCUGGCAGACCAAACUUCAGAGGCAUUCCUUCGCAGUGAAGAGAGCAAGGAAUGGGUUAAAGCUGUCGAGGAAAAGAAGGGUGCAUACAGCAGUACCAACUACUUGGGUGCACUGCGUGAAGUUAAGGAAAGGGUGAAUAAUACCAAAAAACUGUUUCAGGAUGUGAAAAUCAAGCCUAAGGACCUUAAAGAGGCCUACAGGGGCUCCCAGGUAGACCAAGUUGGAAGGUGGGAGCGGAAUAGAAUGAAAGCUGAAAGAUUCAAGCCUAGGAGCCUGCCUGACCUCGAUGUUGGUUACGAUGUUGUAGAGAGAGAAUUUGUACCCUACCAUUGAAUCUAUUAUUUGGGACUAAUUAUUGUCUAUUUGAGAUUUAACAAAAAGACGGCGAAAAAUACGAGAUUUGAGUUCAAUUCCAUGCGAAUAAAUAGAUUACAGAAUAUUUGUUAUUUCCAUUAGAAUAUAUAAUUUUUGAUCAA